AUGGCUUCCGAGUCAAGGCCUCAACUCCCAACCGCGACCGCGACCAUUCGCCAAAAUGACCUCAACGGCGAGACCAAGACGCCUCCUAGUCCCACCAGUGCAUUGUCAACAACCAACGCAGCCGCCAGAAGACAUGCCAAAGGGCUUUCUUUGAAUCUUCCUAUUCUUUUGCCUCCUACUCCGCAGAUGUCACAGGCGCAGUCACCUACCGCAAACUCAUCGUACCAGAGUCCUCUCGACUCCGCUCGAUCCUCGCCCCGGGCCCGUGCAUCUCCUUUUCGACACAGCGACCCUGUCACCGAGACUGGAGAACCCUCCAAGUCUAGGACGAGCUCGGAUUUCUUCACCUUGCUGGCUGCCCAGGAGCGGAAAGUGCUAGAGCUACGAGAAGAACUGCACAAGGCGGAGGCGGAUCUGCUGGGUCUCAAGAAGCAAUGGGCAUCGUAUGAAGCCAACAAGAAGAGGGAAGAAGUCAAACACGUGAAGAAGUUGCAACCUCUACCUCUAGAUGAUGUCACUGCCACUGGCCGCGAGCUUGUCUUUGCGGAAGACGAGGCGGACGAGGAGCGGAGGAAGAAGAUUGCCAUGGUCGGAAGAGCCAACACCUUCAACAGCCCUGCCGUCAACAACAAUGGCAGCGGAGCCUCUAGCCUGGCCAGAAAGGGUUCUAAGCGUGUGUUCGAAGGUGGCCGGCAUACCAGAGCCUUGAGUCUGUUAAGUCCAACAUCGUCGAAACCUGGGCGCGCUGCUACUGCAAAGUCGAGAGACGAGAGAAUCGGCCAGGUGGAUGCACUGCCUGAAACCGAGCCGGGCAAUGUCCUAACCCAGCCAUCGUUUCCCGGGAUGCCUGCCCUGGACGGCCUCAUCUCCGGCGAUCCUCUGCAGUUGGGGUUCGGCAAGACCUACAAAGAACUGGCAGCACAUCGCCGGUCACUCCCCCCGGUGGCAGCGGACCUGUUGGUGAAACAAGGUAAACAAGUCUACGACGGUAUGCGUGAAGGACUGUGGACAUUCUGGGAAGACAUCAGGCAGGCAACCGUUGGCGAAGAAGGAAUCAACGGCACAGCCCAGCAACAGCGGCCCACCAAGCCAACCACCCAGAAGAAGACGGCUAGGAAAGCUUCGAAUGGAGCGGGAUUGGGUUUACAGAAGACCAAGACAAGUUCGUCGACAGAGGAUGGAGAACGAGGACGGUCAUCGAAGGAAGGCUCAUUUUGGCGCGAAUUCGGCUUGGACACUCCUAAAAGACAGCCCGCCACUCCACCAGUAGAGACCGGUCAGGACACGGCCAGAGGACAUGUUCCGCAAAAGAGCAGUACCGAUUCGACGAAUCCGCCCAGUCUGUUGCCGGAUCUGAACGAUAACGAGGAAGAGGUUGAAGAUGCAUGGGACGCCUGGGACUCUCCGGUCACCAUCAGACAGGCAGCUGAGCGGCCUUGGGACAAUAAGGAGGUGUCUGGACCUGAGACGGGGCCUGAUCCCGGCCCUGCUUCCGAGCACAACACCGUCACUGUUUCUGUUGCUGUUCAGAAGGCCGAGCAGGCAGAUGACACUCUGCCCUGGCCGGAAAUCCAGAAACUGACCCCCACCAAGUUGACCAGGACUGUCAGCGACCUGAUGCGAGAGUGGGAUGCUGGCUCGAACUCGAACGGGGGGGGCAUGAAUGUGAAAGAGAGCACGAGCAUUCCGAACGGACUUGCCUCAGAAAGGUCGAAUCUGACCGACCUGGCAGAUGCUAAUGGACAAGCUCAUCAUCCAUUAGAUAGUCCGCACAUGUGA